AUGGAUCGAUUCAAUCUCAAAACUCAUCUGGCAUAUUUUACGGAUUGCGAGGGCCUGUUCAGGGAUGCUUAUGAGGCUUACCUGAAAAAGGGCCAGCCGUGCCUCAUUCCAGGCAUCGGAAAGCAUAAUGUCCUCAGCAUGCGAGGGUCAUUCCGCGAGAUAGGUCAGAUUGACUGGGCUGGCGACAGCUAUGACAGCCGUAAAUGCCUCACGGAUUCAUGGCUGAUUUCGCCCCCUGACACGGCUGCAGUAGAGAGACGGAUUCCAAACUGGAAUGGGUGGACUGAAACUCCUCCUCUGUGGGAGACGGUGAAGCUCAUUUUUGCGUUUGCGCAGAGGGCUCUAGCCAGCUUAGUUGUUGGGAACGCGUUGUCUCUUCUCCGGGAAGAGAUAGAAGCUGUGCUUCCUAGGGAAUGUUAUACCAUCCCAUCAUUAUCUGCUGGCACUGCUGGCACGGCGCAUGUCGAAUCUCAAGAUAUGAAAAAAGGUUCGUUCUGCGCGAAACCAAUCGCACGCACAGCUUUGGUCACCGCCUCAUCUCGAGGCGCGUCAACCAUUGAUCCCUUUGGGAGGGAGACGCCAGCAGUCUCCAUUCUCUCUCUCUCCCUCCCUACCUGCUACGAUACCGGCGUCUUCGAGGACCCUCAUAAAUUCAAUCCGUGGCGGUUUGCGAAACGGAGACAGGCACAGAACCAGGGCCAAGGACAUGGCGAUUCUGCAGAUAACAAACAAGAUGAUAGCAAGGGCUUUGCUCAAAGUAUAGUUACAUAUAACAGCAUCAUUAUCAUUCAACAUGGCAAUCCUUCACCGCAACAUCCGCCACCCAAUCUCCCUUUCGGUCACGGCCGUCACUCAUUAACUAAUCUAGUCCAUAUGAAUUUGAAAAAAUGA